AUGAAUCGCCGAUCGUCAAAUAAGGCUGAGACACUUCGGUCUCUCAUUCGAAUGCUUGUGGACGCUUCCGAGGUCAUUAUCAAACAAUGGGACGCAGAGGACCAGCCCUACCUCCCCGGCCCUGUCACUGGCCAAGUUCCCUCACACGAAUUGUUCGAAGCGCGCCGCAUCGUCCUUGGUGCUUGCGACAUGUGCGCGGAUUUAGUACAAGACCCUCUAGAACGGCUGUGCGAGAUUUCCCUCUCAUUUCUUCCUGCCCGUGCUCUGCAUAUCGUCGCUGAAGCGAGGAUAUUCGACAUACUCGUCGAAGCGGACCCAAGCUUAGGAAUGGACAUCCAAGAUAUCAGUCAUCGCACGGGUAUAAACGCAGGAAAGCUUUUGCGCGUACUCCGUUGUCUCUGCUCUCUGCAUAUAUUUGCUGAGGUAAAGCCCAACCGAUUCGCUAAUAGCUCCACGAGCCAAGCGGUUGUUGGGAACGAUCCUGGUGGAAUGAGCUACACGGGCUCGUGGAAAUUGCCUGCUAUUCUAACGCAUUCCGUGAAGACGCAUUCAUAUUCACAGCGCGAGACUGCGUUUCAGGAAGCAUUCCAAUCCGACUUGACAGUAUUUGAAUAUUUGCAGCCUGAGAGAGCGGAGACGCGUCGUCUCGAAUCGCAGACAUUUUCUCUCGCGAUGGUGGGGCUUGGGCAAUUGAAUAGAGCAUCCAUAUUAGUCGACUAUCCUUUUCAGCUCCUCGACGGAACUACUAUCGUGGACGUAGGAGGGGGUGUAGGUUCAAUGUCUCUUGAGCUCGCAAAGAAGCUUCCGAGCACGCGAUUCAUUCUGCAGGAUAGCGACCACGUACUCCAACAAGCAUCAACGGUGUGGUCACAAGAACUACCGGAAGCCGUCCGGAUGGGUCGUGUCCAGUUUAUGUCUCACGACUUCUUUACUGCCCAACCUGUCAAGGGGGCAGAAACAUACCUCCUGCGAUACAUCUUACAUGCUUGGUCAGAUGAGAGCUGCGUCACCAUUCUGAAGCACCUCAAGGACGCCAUGUCCCAUAGAUCGCGUAUCUUGAUUGCAGACCAUGUCCUACACUCGACGGUAGAAUCGGAGCUACUCAAGUCGGCUCCUGCACCUCUCCCCGCAAAUUACGGUGUUGCCCAUAUGUACAUCAACAUGCAUGACCUCAAUAUCAUGUCGCUCAUGAACGGAAUGGAGCGUACGCCUGACCAGUGGCAUGCGCUGGCGGAGCGCGCCGGCCUUGUUAUUGCACGAAUCUGGGAGUGUCGUAGUUCUAUGUGUAUUACCGAGAUGAGACUUUCCGAGGACUACCAAGAAGGAAGAGGAUCAAAACUGUAG